GGUCCCGGCGCGGGCGCGCUGACGUCGCCGUGCGUUGUGACGUCGCGCGCCGCCCUCUGGAGUGUGUGGUAUCUGGCGCUGUGCGUGUGUUUGCGUGUUUGCGCCGGCCCUGCCUGCCCGCCUCCCUCUGCCUCUCCCCGGAGGGGCCGCAGUGGGCCGCGGAGACGGGGGGUUCUGAGACAUCCUGCUGAAGUGGAAUAAUCCCCAAAGAACCCAAAGAUCUUCGGAACAGCAAAGCCUCCCUUUCCAUGCCAUUCUGCUUCUCUGCUAACAGGAAAGUCGGUGUUCUGGUCUGUGGCCUUCUGCCAAGCCUCCAGACUUGAGGUUGAAACCAUGUGAGGGGUCCUUCCCCCCUACCCCACCCCAAACCCUGGUGCUUCCUUGACCCCAUUGUGGGUGAGUUGCCGCCGAACCCGAGGUGCCAGCCACCAUGAUGUUCCGGGACCAGGUGGGCAUCCUUGCUGGCUGGUUCAAAGGUUGGAAUGAAUGUGAGCAGACGGUGGCCCUGCUGUCUCUCCUCAAGCGCAUCUCUCGCACUCAAGCCCGCUUUCUGCAGCUGUGCCUGGAGCACUCGUUGGCAGAUUGCACAGAGAUCCACGUUCUGGAGUCAGAGGCCAACAGUGCAGCUGUCAUCAGUCAGUGGCACCAAGAGCCCAAGGACAAAGUAGUCUCCCUGCUCCUCUCCCACCUGCCUCUCCUCCAGCCUGGCAACACGGACGCCAAGUCCGAGUACAUGAAGCUCUUGCAGAAGGUGCUGGCCUACUCCAUCGAGAGCAACCUCUUCAUCGAGGAGAGCCGGCAGCUCCUCUCCUACGCCCUCAUCCACCCGGCCACCACGCUGGACGACCGCAACUCCCUGGCCCUGUGGCUCAACCACCUGGAGGAACGCCUCUCCAGCGGCUACUCCGGCCAGAGCAGGGGGCGGCCCGACACGGCCUACCACUCGCGCCAGGGCUCGGACGAGUGGCAGGGCCCCGUGGACACGGGCCUCGGAGACCUGGGGCACGGCUGGCAAGAGAAGCCGCCACGGGAAAAUGGGCACAUGUCCUUCCAUUCCUCUGGAUCCGUGCCGUCGGCCAUCAACAGUAUCGGGAGCAACGCAAACACAGCUCUCCCCUGCCAAAUCCACCCCAGCCCGCUGAAGCGCUCCAUGUCCCUCAUCCCCACCAGCCAGCAGGUCCCCAGCGAGUGGAUGAGCGUGGACGAGAUGGGCGCCCGGCCAGCCUUCAUCCCCGGCGGGGAGCACGCUCCCCUCUCGCCCCAGAGCAGCGUGGCCUCAUCGGGCAGCGAGCAGACGGAGGAGCAGUCUGGCAGCCGAAACACCUUCCAGGAGGAGGGGAGCGGCAUGAAAGAUGUCCCCUCGUGGCUGAAGAGUCUUCGCCUCCACAAAUAUGCAGCCCUCUUCUCCCAGAUGACCUACGAAGAGAUGAUGACCCUCACAGAGCAACAUCUGGAGUCGCAGAACGUCACCAAAGGAGCGAGGCACAAAAUCGCCUUGAGCAUCCAGAAGCUGCGGGAGAGGCAGAGCGUCCUGAAGUCUCUGGAGAAGGACAUCUUGGAAGGUGGGAACCUGUGGAACGCCCUCCAGGAGCUGCAGCAGAUCAUCAUCACCCCCAUCAAGGCCUUCCACGCCCUGCAGGCCAUGGCAGCGUCCAAGGAGAGCCAGCAGCAGCUGCCAGCGGAGCAGCGCGGAGCCACCAAGCUGUGUCUGGACAAGAGCGGAAACCCCUCCGAGGACAAGGACCCGGCCACCGACACCUUCCUGCCCCCGACAGGCUCCCCUUGCGAUGGGGAGUCGGGGGCGGCGCCCAUCGCCGAGGGGGACAUUGCAGGGCAGUUCACCCGGGUGAUGGGCAAAGUGUGUACGCAGUUGCUGGUCUCCCGACCGGACGAGGAGAACAUCACCAGCUACCUUCAGCUGAUAGAGAAAUGCCUGAUGCACGAGGCUUUCACAGAGACGCAGAAGAAGAGGCUCCUGUCCUGGAAGCAGCAGGUGCUAAAGCUGCUCCGGACGUUUCCCAGGAAGGCCGUGCUGGACAUGCAAGGCUACCGUCCGCAGAAAGGAUGGGCCUUUGGUUCCAAUUCUCUCCCCAUAGCUGGAUCUGUGGGGGUGGGGGUGGCCCGCAGAGGACAGCGGCAAUUCCAGAUGCCCCCCCGCGCCAUUCCUCCCAGCCGCCUGGGGAUCCUGAGCCCUGUGGGGAUCGGCGGAGUCUCCCCUCGGCAUGCUCUCACCAGCCCGAACCUUGGGAGCCAAGGGCGGCAGAACCUGUGGUUUGCCAACCCCGGGGGCAGCAACAGCAUGCCGGGCCAGAGUCGCAGUUCUGUCCAGCGGACCCAUUCGCUCCCCGUCCACACAUCCCCCCAGGCCAUCCUCAUGUUCCCACAGGAUUGCCAGCUCCCUGGAACAGACCUGGAGAUCAACCCUACGCUGGAGUCCCUGUGUCUCAGCAUGACGGAGCACGCACUGGGCGAUGGCACCGACAAGACUUCCACCAUUUGAAAGAAGCUGCAUCUGCUGAUGUUCCUGAGAAGCUUUAGGGUGGCUGUUUAUUUUUUUUCCCCUUCCCCACCCCUUGUUUUUGUUUUUUGUUAUAAGCCCCUCAUCUCCCAGGGGUGUGUUUGCUGUGGGGGGGGGCGAACCCCUUCCCCCACGAAACCACCUCCAGCAGUUCCCAGCCGCCGGAAGGGAGACAGAGGGGGAGAAAAAGCUGUCACUACAAUCUCACCGUCUUACUGUGUUCUAAUAUUUCUCUCCCCCCCCUACUUUUUAUUAUUAUUAUAACUUCAGCUAUUGGUUUUUAAUACGUCGACGUGCACAAGGGAGCAGGUGGGCAAGAGGCUCCUAGAAGUUUAACUGGCAGGAGGGCGGAGGAGGCUGAAUUUGGGUCAUGUCGCCCCCUUCCCCUUUGGGGUUUUUCUCGUUUUCUCUUUCCCUCAUCUCCCUCGCCCCCCUCCGACCGCCUCGCCUUCUUCCUCCUCCUCCUCCUCCCUCUCCUCCUCUUGAAACAGACCAGCCAAGGUGAUGAGACUGGUCCUCUCCUGCUACCUGGAUUUGGGAUGUUUUAGAUGCCUGCCCCAUCUGCGGCCAGGACACGGGAGGGGCAUCGUGGGGUUACCUGGGCGAGCUGGUUUCCGUCUGAGCUAACCCAGCUGACAGCUUUCCGUACCUGGCAUUGGAGGAGGAGGAGGAGGAGGAAGAGUCUUAGUGGGGAGGGAAGGAAGGCAUUGGUGCUGCAGGUGACUGACACAGUUUUUUUAAGUGCCUCUAAUACUCCCCCCACCCCUUUCCCGAGAGCAGGUGGAGAAGGGCAGGAUGCAGCGGGGGGUGGCGCAGCCCCACACCGGAGUGCUCAGCUUUGCAGGCUUGUCCCUGGUUCUUUUUAUACAUACAUACAUAUAAAUAUAUAUAUAGAUAUAUAAAUGAAACGAUGUCCAUAUGCUACCUCUUAGGGCCGCCUUCCCCGGACCCAAGUGCCCUCUCUCGACCCGAUGGGAGUUGUCGUCCGAAACGGGUCGAGGGGGCGCACUUGGUUGGAGAAGACGGUCUUUGGGGAACUGGGCAGGAGAGUAGCAGGUGGCAGUUGAGGAGAGACGUCCGGGCCGCCCCACCGCCACCCCUAGAUUGAGAGUGCCGUGGCCCUUUGGGCGCUGGGGUUUUGGACCCCUUCGGCCGCGGCCGACUCUCAGGUGUGCAGGGCGUUGGUUGGGGAGCCGGACCUAGUUUCGUUGAAAGAGUUCAAAUGGGUUUGAGGGGUCAGCCAGCAGUUUCGUGGUUUAGGAUCAAAGUUCUUUUCUGGGUUCAGCUGCUAUGGGUUCCUUGUGUCCGGCGCAAGGUGAAUUUUCUCUUCUCCCUCCCAUAAUUGCAAGGCGGGGGGGAAUGUCCGAAGGCUGGUGGAAGAGGAGGAGCAGUUCUGUUGGCGGGUCUCGAAAGCUCGGCCGUUCAUUUUCCUAACAUUUGGGGGUGCACAGUGGUCUGUCUUCCCUGAGACGGGUUUAUGUGGGGGGGGGUGGUGGAAAGAUUGAGUGGGUCACAGCAAAAGCCAUGGUGGGUCCCUGACCACUUGUGGGGGGGGGACCACCGCCCCAAGUUCUGCGGCGGUUUUCUGGUGCUUACGAGUGACUGGCGGCACUCCUGGGUGCAGGUGGUUGGGUUCACGGUGCUGAUGAAUUUGCAGGAGCCAAGCCGAGAUCCUCGCCCCCCAUGACCCAGGAGGCAGUUGGCGGCUGAGGGAUCAGGGUUGGGGAGCAGAAAGCCCUCCUGGGCAGGAAUCCCAACGGGACCAGAAGGCUUCUCCAUUUUAACUCCAGGCGGGUGGAUGGUUUCUCUGUUCUGGCAUUUACACAAAACACUACAGGGGGGCAAACGGCUGCGUCGGGACCCUCCGGACUUCCAAACCUCCCGCCACCAGCCCUUUGGGGUCAGCGUUCUGCAACGAAACGGCUGCGGAACAGGGGGGUGAUUUUUACCGCCUUCAGAGGGGCUGAGACGCUGGCUGUUCUUUUUUAAAAAAAUAAGAAAACGACUAAUGGGAGGCCUUUCUGUGCAGGCGGAGGGUGAAACAGACGUCCUAAGCGUUUUCAAGACCCCCCAUCCACGCUUGGCGCUGGGGGGGGGCACUUCCAAGGUGCAGGAUGCCCAAGGCAGCUUGUCAGAUGGGGGGGGUGUCUGCGGGAGGGUAGCCUUGCUAGUUUCCCUUGCGCCCCGACUUUGUUUGUGCGUGUGCAUGCGAGUUGGGUGUGUGAGUGUGCCUUUCUCCCCCAAAGCCACUGUUUUUCGCAUGAUGGGCAAACCCCCCAAACCCCAAACCCCUUUCCCCGUUCUCCAAAAGCUGACCUUGGCAGGCUCUUAGGUACAGAGGACCUUUCCAUCGUUCUCUUCCUCUCCCCUCUCUCGCCCUCCGAGAACUGUUUUAAAUAUUGAGAAAAAAAGGCCUUUCCCUCCCUACCCCCCCCAAAAAAGUAUACCGAACAGUAGCAUACAGAAAAACCCAGAAGAGCAGACCUGAGAGAACUAUUUCUUUGAAAAAAACAACAAAAAAAUUAGAGAGACAAGGUUCCUGUUUCAGAUAGAAAUGUUAUUUUAGAUACAUUUUAUUAUGAAUAACUUUUGUUAUGACUAUGGCUGGUAACCAUGAAUACGUUAUUUAAAAAAAACAAACCACAAAAUGUUUUACAAAAAAAAAAUAUCCAAAUUCUGACUUUAGAUUGCUUUGUUGGACUCCUUUACCGCUUUUUUCCCUUCUUCCAGUUUUUUGCUUUGUAAAAGGCAUACAGAAUUUAAGUAUUAGCCCUUUUUUUAUUAACCUCUAUGAUAAAGCUGUGCUUAUUUUGUAUUAA